UUAUUUUACCGCUACUAUUCCUUUCUGCAGAGUUUCUCCAAAACCGCUUCGAUGUUCUGCGCGCGUCCCACCAAUACGGUGACGCAUCCGUCUUUCAAAUCUUCUUCUGAAAUGCAAACCUCCAUUUCCCCUUUUCUCUCUCUUCACCCUCAGUCUCACUCGUUCCUUCCUUCCACGCGCCACACUCUCUCACUCUCCGCGCCACAAAGCUACGCGCCUCCCUCUCCGCCGCCGCUACUGAUCCACCCCAGACCGCCGCGUUUCGAUUAUGCCCCUUCCUACGAGACGCGUCCGAACUGUAUAUACCUCAAGCGCAGGAAGGUAGAACUUGCGCGCCAAGUGUUUGAUGAAAUUCCCAAACGAGACGUUAAUGCGUGGAGUACCAUGAUCACCGGUUUCGCGCGCAAUGGAAUGCUGAGGGAAGUUUGGGAGUACACGAGGUUGAUGUUAGAGGAAGGAAUAAAUCCAAAUUUGGUGGUAAUGACAGUUAUUCUUGAUGUCAUAGGAAAAUUUGGUGGUCGAAAUUUAGGUAGGGAGGCUCAUGGUUUUGUGUUGAAGAUGAAUAUUUAUUACAAGGAAUUGUCGAUUCAAUCGGCGUUGAUUGAUAUGUAUUGGAACUGUGGUGAUGUUGGCUCAGGGAGCCGGGUUUUGUAUAGUGUGAUGAAGAGGUAUGGUGAUUGUUGGAUUGGAUUGAUGUCGGGUAGACUUGAGGUGGAAAUGAGGUCUAUUGUUCGGUUGAAGAGGUUCCGGCCUGGUGCUGUUGCGGUUGCUUCUUUGCUUCCGAUUUGUGCACAAUUGAGGGCUCUGAAGCAAGGGAAGGAGAUUCAUGCUUAUGCUUUGAGACAUUGGCUUCUGCCUAAUGUGCCGAUAGUGUCUUCCUUGAUGGUGUUGUACUCCAAGUGUGGCAUGAUUGAGUAUUCCUUGAGAUUGUUUGAUGGAAUGGAACAGAAGAACGUGGUUUCAUGGACUGCCAUGAUUGAUUCGUGUGUUGAAAAUGGACAUUUGUGUGAAGCAACUGGUGUCAUGAGGUCAAUGGUAUUGACAGAGCAUAGACCGGAUACAGUUACCGUGGCUAGGAUGUUGCGUGUUUGUCAGGAGCUGAAAGUUUUAAAGCUUGGGAAGGAGGUUCAUGGGCAGGUAUUGAAAAGGGGGUUUGUGUCGGUCCAUUAUGUUGCUGCCGAACUGAUUGAUAUGUAUGGAAUUUGUGGAUAUGUUGAUAAGGCGAAGUUGGUGUUUCGUGCAAUUCCUGUAAAAGGUUCAAUGGCAUGGAGUGCUCUUAUAAGGGCCUAUGGGUACAAAGAAUGGUAUCAAGAAGCAGUUGACCUUUUUGAUAACAUGAUAUCAAAUGGUUGCUCUCCAAACCGCUUCACUUUUGAAGCUGUUCUAUCUAUUUGUGAUAGAGCUGGAUUUGUUGAAGAUGCUUUUAGGAUAUUUGAUUUGAUGUCCAGAUAUAAAAUUGAUGCAUCCGAGGAACACUGCACUUGCAUGAUUCGACUUCUUACCCGCUAUGGCAAACUAGAUGAGGUUCAAAGAUUUGUUGAAAUGAGUUCUUCCUUAUAGCUGAGGGCGAGAGGCAAGACUAUCCAGAUUUGUGUCCUUGCAAGCCAGUGAUUAUUCCUCCAAAAGAAGUCUCAAUAAUUUACCCUCAAAGAAAUUGUCACCUGGUGAUUAUCUC